UCGACAUCUUUAAAGCUAGCUAGCUGCUAAACUAACGAAGCUAGCGCGGAGAAAGGCGGCGCCGGUCGGAAGGAAUCUACUCCCCGCAUACCGUGACCACUUCCCUGAAGACAGCAGGAACUUCACUCGGUGACAGAAAAUACCGAUUCCAAUGUGUGUGUUUACGGUCCUGUGACGGAAGAGAGCAUCAUGGGAAAUGCUGAUAGUGCGUUGGUGCAGAAGCAUUUGUUUCGCUUCCGUCCUGAAGAUCGUCCGGCGGUUGAAGGAGUGUUUGACAGACUUCAAGGUGACAUGAGGACGCCUGCAAGGAACACUGUCACCUUUCCUAUGUUGCAGUCCUCCAUGAUCGGAGUGUCACCAGAGUCUAUGGUGAAGAGAUUAUUCAAGUGCAUGUGCAGUAUAGACGCCACACCAACAGCAUCUGGCAAAGUCAGUGCCUCCUUGGCUUCAGGAGUGUGUCGAGAGCAGUUGCUCAUCUUCCUCGCAGACGUGUUGCGGGGCACUGCUGAAGAACGAGCGCCUCUUGUUCUGGCCAUGUCUCAGGUCGGAGAACGCUCCAAGACUGUCACCAUUCAGCAAGUAACAGAGUUCUUACAGGACUUGAUAUUUGCUGUAGUCCAGAUCCUGGUCUGUAAAGGACGCCUUCAGGGAUGGAAACCUGAAAAUAUGGGUGAUUCCUCUCUAGGUGUCAAACUUUUGGCAGAGCAAAUGUGCGCAGAACUCAAACCCACAGACCAAGAAGUCUAUGAUGUUACCCAUUUGCAAGAUUGGAUCUUUAGAGUACCCCAGGUAUCUUUGUACCUGAUGAUGCUGGUAGUGGAAGGGCUGAAUGUGUCCCUAAGUGUGCAGUUAACACACACUCCACUCCCUCCUUGUAAAGACACACCCUGGAAAGAGUUCAAGUGUCUGCUUGAUAUCCCCACUCUCAUGUUUCUGGCACCACAGCUGCCUGACGCAUACUGUGCAGCUUGGAGACUUGUAUUUUCCACAAUGCUGCACGGAGAGAACUUCACACGAAUGGUGGCUGGACUGACACACUGCGGGCCCACUUUGCUGCUCAUCAAAGACACAAAGGGACAUGUUUUUGGUGGCUUUGCCUCGCCCAGCUGGGAAGUCAGACCUCAAUUCCAAGGCGACUCCAGAUGCUUCCUGUUCUCAGUCUUCCCUAGAAUGAGAGUUCACACAUCGACAGGUUACAACCAACACUUCAUGUAUCUAAACCAGAAUCAGCAGACCCUGCCCAACGGUCUGGGCAUGGGUGGUCAGCACAACUACUUCGGCUUGUGGUUGGACAGUAAUUUUGGACGUGGUCACAGUCGCGCACGACCAAAGUGUACAACCUUUGCUAGUCCUCAACUUUCAGCAGACGAGGACUUUAUUCUGGAUUCCAUGGAAGUAUGGGCAUUACGAAAACCCUCUGAGACAGAGAAGGAUGAUGAAGGUACGGGGAAAAAGAGUGUCUUGGAUGUGGAUCCAGAGGUCCAGGCCAUGAUGGAGAUGACAGGGAAGACUCUCUACAGUCAAGGUCUCAGAGAGCCACAGGACGACCAGGAGCAAAGAUAAACAUGAAUAUGAAAAACUGCUUAUUUUCAGUCAAGGUCAUCAGGCACUCUUUCACCUUUUUGAAGGGUCAAAUGCUUUGCAAGAACUUGGCAAGGAUGAACAUUCUCCUCCAUGGCCUUAGCGAACUUCUUGCUUUAGCUAUCAGAGCGGUCAGCUGCCUUGUGAGUCACACGGCAGCCAAGCUGGCUAAGACUCCUUCUUUUGUUUGAAGACCUCCUUGACCUCUGGUAGGUUUCUGCCAUGACUAUCUUGUGACCAGAGCCUCAGCUUAACCCCUCUUUUCAUAUAAAGUGUCCAAAAGAAGCAGUAAAACUACAAAGAUGAUUGUAGUGUUCUGGUGCUGAUGGUGCUGAUGGAAAACAUGAGUUCAAUAACAUCGCUUGCUGGAAACCUUCAGGAUUUAGAGAGAAUGUGUAAAGAUGAUUGAAGACAAAUGGGGAACCCUGCUGAUAACUACACGAUAUGAUUAGAACCGAUAGAAUCCUAACAAUAUACAAAAUCCAAAACCAGUGAAGUUGGCACGUUGUGUAAAUCGUAAAUAAAAACAGAAUAUAAUGAUUUGCAAAUCCUUUUCAAACUAUAUUCAAUUGAAUAGACUGCAAAGAUAAGAUAUUUAAUGUUGGAACUGAGAAACUAAAUUUUUCUUUGCAAAUAAUCAUUAACUUAGAAUUUAAUGGCAGCAACACAUUGCAAAAACGUUGGCACAGGUGUAUUUUUACCACUGUGUUACAUCGUCUUUCCUUUUAGCAAUACUGAGUAAACGUUUGGGAACUGAGGAGACCAAUCUUUUAAGCUUUUCAGGUGGAAUUCUUUCCCAAUCUUGCUUGAUGUACAGCUUAAGUUGUUCAACAGUCAGGGGUCUCCGUUGUAUUUUAGGCUUCAUAAUGCGCCACACAAUUUCAAUGGGAGACAUGUCUGGACUAAAGGCAGGCCAGUCUAGUACCCCCAUUCUUUUACUACGAAGCCACGCUGAUGUAGCACAUGCAGAAUGUGGCUUAGCAUUGUCUUGCUGACGUUGCUUGGAUGGCAACAUAUAUUGCUCCAAAACCUGUAUGUACCUUUCAGCAUUAAUGAUGCCUUCACAGAUGUGUAAGUUACCCACUCCUUGGGCACUAAUACCAUACCAUCACAGAUGCUGGCUUUGAACUUUGCGCCUACAACAGUCCGAAAGGUUAUUUUCCUCUUUGGUCGCACAGUUUCCAAAAACAAUUUGAAAUGUGGACUCUCCAGACCACAGAACACUUUUCCACUUUGCAUCAGUCCAUCUUAGAUGAGCUCGGGCCCAGCGAACCCCUCUGCGUUUCUGGGUGUUGUUGAUAAAUGGCUUUGCAUAGUAGAGUUUUAACUUGCACUUACAGAUGUAACAACAAAUUGUAGUUACUGACAGUGGUUUUCCUGAGCUCAUGUAGUGAUAUCCUUUACACACUGAUGUCGGUUUCUGAUGCAGUACCUCCUGAGGGAUCGAAGGUCACAGGCAUUCAAUGUUACGUGCAAGUGAUUUCUCCAGAUUCUCUGAACCUUUUGAUAAUAUUACAGACCUUAAAUGGUGAAAUCCCUAAAUUCCUUUCAAUAGGUGUGUCAGGUUCAAAUACAGGACAUCUGUUACACAAGACAAAAGGCAAGGAAUCAAACAGAGACAGAAUUCAAUUUGGACUCAAUUGAGGAGAGACGGCUUCAACCUGUAACCUCUUACAGUGUCUUAGCACGCUCUGACGAAGAAGGUUCUCGUCUCCUCUUUUAAUUCAGAUGUUCCAUGUUCACGCACCAACAUAUGUCACAAUAGGAAUGGGGAGGUAUGUAAAACAGUCAUUGUUUUUGGUCGCUUUGAAGUCCAAGAAGAGGACUUCUCGGGCUUGGCUCUUCCUGGAUCCAGCUGGGGCAGGUGUUGGAGGACAAUGGACAACCCCUCCCGUCUCCUGUCCACAGUGACUUCAAGAGGGCAGCGUGUCGUAAAUAGCGUUGACCAAAUAGUUGGAAGAGAGUUUGUGAAUUACUUCAAAGAGAGUUUGUUUAUCACUUCAAAGAGAGUUCCUCCAGGAGUUGAGCACAUCCUGCCAUCUGUCCGUGCUGAAAUCACAGUGGCGUUUCACGAGCCUUCAUCCUUUUGUUAGGCCUCGAAAUACAGCAUUCAUAAUACAACAUUUCUUUUGUGAUAACUUACAAACAAUUAUUCCAACAUUUCCCCCCUGUUUAUCGCAAAAACGUUCCCAUAAUCUCCUUAUCCCUAAUAACUUCUUCUUGCAAUUUUCAGUUAAUGGUUAAUUUCCUUACGACAAAGUUAUGUUUACACUCAGAGUUCAACAUCAAUUUUUCUCAUCGUUACUCGGGUCUGGAAACAGAUCAGGAACACCAUCCAGGUAGGUAUCCCCAUCAUCAGAUUCAUCUUCCUUAUCGUCCGCCAGGAAGUGCAUCUGAACAGCUUUAUCAUCUGCUGGGCUAAUCGCUGUGGUAAUCAGACGGUUAAGCAGAGAACACAGACAGGGAAUACAACAACAUCCACACAACGUCAGUAUUGCUACAAACACGGCCAUAGAUACUAGAAUUGAUGAUACCAAAGACUUGUAUUUGCCGAAACCGUCCAUCCACCCAUCCCACAUAGAUGUAUCUAUGCCUGAGUGCUCUUUCAUUUUACCGUUGAGGGUGCGAAGGCCUUCCAGUGCUUUGGUCAGGCUACCUUCUGCGUCGGUGUUGUUUGGUAUGAACGUGCAACACUGUUCACCAAAUAUUGCGCACACACCCCCUCUUUCCGCUAACAACAUGUCCAGCGCCAUACGGUUUUGAAAGGCCAUAAAGGAGGUGGCGGCGAGUUGAUCAGCGACUGCUUCAAGUCCGGCCUGUGUCCAAUUUCCCAAUCUCUGUACGUUGUAGUGGAUAUAGUUUAUUCUGUCAACAUUCUUGUGAAUCGUACACCACCAGUAGACGGAUGAUUCAAAUUCAGCUGCAACUUGAUUUACCAAUUUAUAGUCGUCAGAUACACCUCUUGGACACCCAUCAAUAUAAGUUGGAUCUACAACACUUUGUCAGUUUACAUCAUGUCUAAUUAUUUUCCAAUGUUCAGAUAUCAAACUGUUCAGGCGUGUUAACAAUUCUUGUACAAAUAUUGAUACUUUUACUAUGUGUAUGCAGUUAUCUGAUGAUACGUUUCCUAACUGUUGUACAGAGUCUUGCAUGUUAAUGCAGGUAUAAUUAGCUUUUUUCACAUAUUUAUCAAAUAUUGGUUUCUGUUUUGUCUCUUUAGCUACAGGGUCAAUUUUAUUUUGCUCAUUACUUCAAUUCAACUUUUUUUUUUGACUCAUUUUGAGUAAUUGUCUGGGCUUAUACAUACAACACAAUCAGUUUUUGUAGCCUUUCCCACUUGCUCCGCCAUAAGGAACAAAUUAAUUACCAAAACAGGAACCAAUUAUUAACAAACUUUGACACACCAUCAAAUGGUAUGCUUACAACUUUGUCACAGUGGAAUUUGUAGUGUGCUAGUUAACAUGUCCCUUUGAUAACACAAAUACAAUUCCAAAUACUUUUUUUUUUUUCAUUAUAUGACCUUUCUACAAUGUAAAUACAAUCCCAAAUACUUUUUCCCAUUAUAUGACCUUUUUAACUAUGUGCUAAGUGUAUUUAGCUUGGUCUUUCCACUAUCUUUCAAAUGGUGUUAGUCCUGUUGUACUUGUAAUGUUAAUGUACAUUUUUACUAAAUAUUUGCAUAAUGCUUUUGCUACUGUCAGCACAUCUGCUUUUCCUUUAGGAAAUAUUUCUAACUACUUUGAAAAUGCAUCUACUAUGACCAGACAAUAAUGUUUUCCUUCACUCUUAUUUAGUUAAUUGCAUAGAUGUUUUAUACAAAAUUUUUUUAUAAGAAUUAAACUAUAGGAAGUAUAGUACUUCUGUAUAAGGGCAUUCAUAUCCCUCCUGUUGAGCCAUGAGUUCAACCUUGGCUCAAUAUUGCUCCUCACUUAUACCGAUUUUUCUUUGCAAGAUUGGUUUAUUGUCUGGACAUACAUAGAUGUCUUUUUUGUUCAACAUCAUCCUCAUAAUUUCUUUGUAUUCCUUUCAUUGCUUGUCUCAAUAUAUUGGUCAACUUGUUUUUGUAGUUCUUACAGCGUUUUUCAGCAUUCUCUGUUCUUGAUUUGAUAAACGCCUUACA